GAGCCGAUACAACGUGGUCAAGAAGCGCGCCAUUUGCGCUCAAAAAGUCACUCAUUUUCUGCCACGGGCUCAGAGUAAUACUCUUUGAAAAACCGUUAAGAUCGAUCCAAGGACAGCUGCUGCGUUAAAGUCAUGGGAGAUAAAGUUUUAGUCAUUGGCGGAGGAGGAAGAGAGCAUGCUAUUGCAUGGAAACUCGCCCAAUCAAAUCAUGUUGGUAAAAUAUUUGUAGGGCCGGGAAACGCGGGAACCUUUGGACUGAAGUCGAAAAUAGAGAAUGUUUCUCCAUCAAAACUUAAUCAAAAUGAUAACGAAAGCAUUGUGAAGUACUGCGUUGAUAACAAGGUGGAUUUUGUUAUAAUUGGGCCCGAAGCACCACUAGCCAAUGGCCUCGGCGACGCUCUAAGGGACAAUAACAUUCCAUGUUUUGGUCCAAGUCGCGCCGCGGCUAGAAUCGAAUCUAGCAAACAUUUCGCGAAGGGUUUCAUGCAAAGACACAACAUCCCUACAGCUCGUUGGCAAGCUUUUACGGAUCCUGAAGAAGCGUGUAAACAUAUUGAGUUGGCUGAUUAUGAUGCUUUGGUGGUGAAGGCAAGUGGUCUGGCGGCUGGAAAAGGAGUCGUUGUGGCAAAUAGUAAAGAACAAGCUGUCAAAGCUGUCAAGGAGAUGCUACAGGUAAUUUGAUUACCUGUUUUAAAAGUGAGAAGGGAGAGAGAAAAGAGGAGUUGGCACUUGCAUGGAACCCAGUGCACUCAGUAGAGCAAAACUGAGUAAUAAUUCAGUCGAGCCCUAUUGGCAAAAAUAAUUCAAUUGAACCGUUGAUUCAGAUUACCGGUAAUCCCUUUGACUGAUUUACCCAGUUGAUUUCAGCCAGGUUUAAUAGUUGUUAAUUAUAAACGCGAUCAUAAUUAAGCUCUUUGGUAAGACUGAUUACUAAACACAAUCAAACUUAAUCAGUUGAUGAAUCAGUUUGAUUGGUUUGUUUGAGUCUUUUUAAAAAAGGAAUUAUUAUUGAUUGUUUGAUUACAAUGUAUUUUUAGUCAGAAAUUCUUUCUUUAUUAUAAUUUUUAUUUUGACCUUUAAUGAUACAUUAACUCCUCCACUGAACCUCCUUCUACCAUUGUAAUGAUGUCUGGAACUAUGGAGCUUUGCCGUGGUGGGCAUAUCAAAAACGCUCACCUUCAUUCAUCUUUUUUAGUUUUAACGCGAUUCACUUGAAAUUUUUAAACAAUAUAGAACUCACCAUUCCAAAAAAAUGUGUGUUUUUUGUUUUUCAGAUUUUGACAUUUUUGGUAGGAAAAUGUCUUCUCAAAUUCCUCACCAAAUUUUGUUCUUAGUAUAAAGGGAUAUCUAAUGAUGGUUUCUGAAAGAAGUCAUCACAAGGAUGUCAAAAGUGAAAACAUUUUUGAAAUAUGCCUACUCAAAAGAUAUAGCGUUUUGAAAGUUCAAUUUUCCACCAUUUUGUUACUAAAAAUAGUACAAAAUGGUGUGAAAACGCUAUAUCUUUUGACUGGAUAGGCAUAUUUAAAAAAUGUUUUCACUUUUGACAUCCUCAUGGUGAGUUCUUUGUACCAUAUAUGUACCAUAUCAUCAUCAUUAUUUUUUACAGGACAAAAUUUUUGGGGAGGCUGGUUCAACAAUAGUGAUAGAGGAAAAGUUAGAAGGAGAGGAGGUUUCUGUAAGUAUCCACAAUGUUGAAUAGUACUGCACACUACAAGAUGAGGAACAUGUUUUUGUUUUGUUUUGCUUUUUUUGCUGAACUUUCAGACCAUUUAGAUACAAGGCUGGUAUACAUGAGACAUGGAAAAGGAAGAAUUAACUCAUUCAAUGCCAGAAAAAUGGCUUCCUCUAUACUGUUUUUCAUAUUGUUAGUUUAAUUUUUAUAAUUGGGACUGUUUUGUUUUGAUAAUACCUUUGCCAUGUAUUUCAUGGCUGCAUAGUUUGGUAGUUUUAUGACAAUAAAAUUAGCCAAUAAUUGGCUAACUUAUUAUAGGAUGGGUUUAAACAGAUUGGCCAGUCAUAGGCGCAGUGUCCAGGUAUAAUGUUACAUGCCUUCUGUAAAAAUGACUAACUUUUUGGAAGCCUUUGUUUUCUAUAAUCAUUUCUACGCUGUUGAUAUGACAAUUACGACUCAUUAUCUGUGCAAGGUGAGAUGCAAUAACCAGCAUAUGUAUCUGGCUGAAACACCUACUAACAACUCCAUACCUGCUACCUAAAAAUAAACAAAGUAACGCUAUAGAAGCCUGUGGUAAUUGUAGUACCAGGAACACCUCUUAUGAGUGUCUGCGACUGCCCAGCUGGACAAUUACUGAAUGCUUUUAAAAAUAAUUGUUUGAGUGACUUGUAAAUUUGUUGCAGGUGCUUUGUUUCACUGAUGGUAAAACUGUUGCAGUUAUGCCUCCAGCCCAAGAUCACAAGCGGUUAUUAGACAAUGAUCAAGGACCAAACACUGGCGGGAUGGGUGCAUAUGCACCGUGCCCUCAGGUGAGUCAUGUUCUGCUAUGGGUAAAUUAGAUUUUAUACAAUUUCCUGCAAAAGUGAAUUAUUCGUAGAUGACAAUUUCUUUGGUUGAAAUGUCUUUUUUUGUGAAAAACCGCCCUGCAAGAUUAGCAACAAGCCUUGAUCCAAAAGUUCACUAUUUUAUUGGAUAAAUACAUUGCUUCAUAAAUUCUUGAUAUGGUCAAACCCUGCUUAACAGACACCCAUUUAAUACAGACAGUUUGCUUUGUCCAUGGAUUAAACCCUUUCUUACAUAUUCUCUGAAUUAAAACCACUUAAUACAGACACCCCAUCAUUAUGGGCACUUUCUAUGGCCCCUCAUUGUCCUCAAACAGGCUUUGACUGUGUUGAUCCUUAAUAGGUCUAUCAGCCAGUAACAUCACUCCUUCACUUACCUGAUACUUUAUUAGAUUUCCAUGAAACACAAAGAAGAAAUUACCAGAGAUGUCCUCCAAAAGGCAGUUGAUGGCUUGCGAGAAGAAGGCUGUGCUUUUGUUGGAGUGCUAUUUGCAGGAAUAAUGUUAACAGUCCAAGGACCUAGAGUAUUAGAGUUUAAUUGCCGCUUUGGUGACCCAGGUGAGGCAACUUUGCUACCUUUUUAAGCAUUUUUUAGUUAGUAGAUAUUUACACAUAGGGGGUCUUUAUGGGAGAAUCUUGACCCAGGUUGCCAGGAACAUGUCAAUUUUUGUCUUGUUACAUUUUUAAGGACAGAUGCCACAAUAGGCCGUUUGCAUUAGUCGAUCAUGUGAUCAACUUUUAGUAAACAGGAUAACAGUUCGCUUUUGAAAAAUUUUGCUACCACGAACUGAAAGAGCAUAUUAAAAUUAGGCAACCUGUAAAUUUUCAGCCCUAUAUCUCAAAAGUAGUGAUUGCAAUGGCUGCCAAAAAUUAGAGGGAUUUGUGUGAGAAAGACAACCCCUGCCACCCAGUCACACUUGAGUGUUUUUCCAUACAAACCCUUGUAAAUUCUGAAAUUUUUAAGCUGUUGUUAAAUCUUUCUCUUACUCAUUUAAGGACUCAAAUUGCCUGUUUUCAAUUAAAAGGAGAUUUAAUCUACAUAAUGCUUAAGGGAGUUUUUCACGACAGUUUACAAGGAUUUGUAUGGAAAACCAUUAAAAGCGUGACUGGGUGGCACAAAAUGUUUUUCCCAUACAAGUCCACUUCCGCUUGAUGUAUCAGGGCUGCCAAUAAGGGCUGGUAGCCGGCCAAAACCGCCAGCUUGUUAGCCAUCUUUAGCUGGCUACUUUCAUCUCCCGCUACCAUAACUGCUAACAAAAAAUACCAGUAAGCACUACUGAAUAAAAUUUGCAGACCAUCUGUUUCCCAGUUUUGAAUGACAUUGAACGCAUAUUUAAACAGGUUUAGAUCUGUGAAACAUUCGAACCGUGUGAUGUUGUGGAACGCCUGGGACAUUUCGACGGCACUCUUUCCAGUCUUGCAUGUAUUCUGACUAAACAACAUGGCUUCCGCAGCGGAAAAUACCUCUUGAAAACCCAAUGGAAAUGGCAUUUCUGAGACUCUAAAUUUCAAAAUGUCCCAAGAUGCCUCAGCCUUCAAAACCUUGUGCCUUUGGUGUGAGUUCCAAAGCUGCCUACUAUUCAUUAUCAGCCUGCUACUUAAAAACUCUUUGACAGCCCUGCAAGGAUGCAAAAAGUCCAUGUCUGGUUGAUGUAUGUGCUCAAAAAUGUCUUUGCUUAUUAUAAGCUCCCUGUUAAAUGCAUCAAUCAACUUUACUUUAGAAACACAAGUAAUUCUGCCACUGCUGAGGAGUGAUCUAUAUGCAACGUUAAUGGAAUGUGUGAAUGGUGACCUUAGCUUGUCUCUCCCCUCCUGGCACACAGACAGAUUUGCAGUGGGUGUAGUAGCAGCCAGUGGUGGGUAUCCAGGUCCUGUUAAGAAAGGCUGUGUUAUCCAGGGAUUGAAUGAUUUAACGGUAUGUGUCAGUAUCUGGAAUCAGAACACAAGCUGAACACCCUCCGAAACAAAUUCAUCUGUCUGCUGCAGACAGAUUUUAUUGAUAGCUAAUUAAGUGAAGGCUAAAGCAAUCAUUGCAAUUAGCCCCUUCAUCCCUUUGAGAGCUGUAAAUUUUCUAAUAGGAAAAAAUAACGUGUUGAGUCACAAAAUUUUCUUAGAAUGUUUUUUCAAGUAACUGACAUCUUGGCUUGAUUGUAAGUAAUUGGAACCUUUAUCAACAAAGUCUAGUGUAAUUUUUCAUCAACACAGAUUUAACAAAUGGAUACCAUUAUAGCUAUUUAAAAAUUUACUGCCAUUAAAAAAAUUUUUAUGACUGUGAAGAUGACUUGCUUUUUUUACCAAAAGGGGCAUUUAAGUGAGUUCUUCACAUACAGAAAUAAAGAUGAUUUUUUUAGCAAAAGGGUGUAUUUUUUAAAUUACUUUCUUUGCAAAGGAGGAAGAAAACGUGGUGCUAUUUCAUGCUGGGACAGCUGUUAAGAAAUCUGGCAGUGAUGAAGAUGUGGUAACAUCUGGAGGGAGGGUCAUUGCAGUUGUUGGAAUGGCUCAGACUAUACAUGAUGCUCAGAAAACAGCUUAUCAAAGUAUCAAGAAGAUUACUUUUGAUGGCAUGCAGUACAGAACUGACAUAGCAGCCAGGGCUUGUAGGUAUGCAAAAGUAGGCUGUUAAUACUAAACAAGUUUGUAGUUUGAGUGACUACUAUAGUACUUCAUCAGUGCCUUACUUUUGGUAAAAAGUGAGCCUCUGAUGUGUUGUUGGAGGUCUAACAUAUCUAAGACAUGAGAAAUUUUAACCUCUGUGUUUAAGGAUAUCUGUGUAGUUACAUUUACAUCGAGAAAUCCGCCAGCAUUUUGCAAUGCGACCAAUAGUUUUUAUCUGAAAUGACUUCUGGGUAGUGGCGCAUCAUGAGUAUUUAAUUUUUGUGCUUGUUUCACAGACAUAAUUUUGCAGGGAAACCAUUGGUGUGUUUGCAAGAUGUCAGCUACUUUCUUAGGCCACGAUGUAAUUCUUCAAUGUAGAGUUUCAAAUAAGAAUCUUCACUUACUUCGGAGGCAAAAAGUUUUCUCAGCUCUUCUCCACAAAAUUUAACUAUGGACAAAGUAUUGGCUUUAAUAACUCAAAUUAUUAUAAUGACUUUGCCCGAAAAAGAAGAGAUUUUGCAUUUGAACUUCCCAAGAACCCAGUUCAUAAGCUGAUUGGUUUUUAACCCCAACAGGAAAAACGGUCUAACUUAUUCAGAUGCUGGAGUGGAUAUAGAUGCUGGUAACUUGCUGGUGAAUGCUAUCAAGCCCUUGGCUUCAUCAACUGCUCGUACAGGCUGCACAGCAGACUUGGGAGGGUUUGGAGGAUUCUUUGAUCUCAAAGCUGCUGGGUUCAAAGACCCCUUACUUGUCACUGGCACAGACGGAGUGGGAACUAAGCUGAAGGUUUUUGACCAGUUAUUGUUACCAUCCCCUCAGAUAUAAGACACUGUUAUAAAGAAUUGUCUUUGUGUAUUGGAUAUAAAUUAUUGUUGGUUGAAAACUAUACUAAAAGAAAACUAUACAAAAAUAAUAAGGUCGUAUCAUUAUUUGAACUUUUUGAGAAACCAGUUAUUUCAUACAUCUUCAGGCAUAAAUAAGUUCGAGGAACUUUCUGGCUAGUUUAAAGUACUACUACAACGUAAAUUUGGUAUGUCCUUUACUUUUUGGUUUCUGGAAGACAACGUACUGUUUAGGUACCAUGCCAAUUUUUAGUUCAAGGCACUAUAACAACCUUGACAAUAGCAAAUGGAGUUUGAUGGCCGUUUAUCAGAUGAGUCAGGAAAAAUUUCCACAGCAUUUGAGUUUAGUGUGUAAACUACAGAUUUGUUGAUUGCAGGUUGCUCAGUCUGUUGGCAUACACAGCUCAGUAGGAAUUGAUCUCGUUGCCAUGUGUGUGAAUGACAUCCUUGCCCAUGGUGCUGAACCCCUUUACUUCUUAGACUAUUUUGCUACAGGCAAACUGGAUGUGGGUGUGGCUAAAGAAGUUAUUUGUGGUGUUGCUCAAGGCUGUUCUGCUGCUGGAUGUGCUCUUUUGGGAGGUAAAUAAAUUUUGCGUUCAGUUAUGACGAUUUGGUUAAUAGGUUGAAGUCUUGACUCAUGCCACAACCUGCAUAAAUUUCAUUCUCCCUAGCGUUGUAGGGAGACAAUGUAAGAGAAAAAUACAGAUGUAACACUACUGAAAAAUAUUUCUAGAUCUGAUCACAUUAGAUUGUGGGACCCUACAGGAACCAUGAAUGGUGUCACGGCAGAAACAAAUCACAGCCAACAAUCUUGAUGGGCACAAUUUUCCCCAUUCAGAAUAUGCGAAAUGUGGUUCACCACAUAACCUGUAGACAAGGAAAAGUUGUUAUUUGUAGUUUAUUUUAUGUGAGGUGUGAUGCAUUGUGUUGUUCCACUGCUUUUAUCACAGGUGAAACGGCUGAAAUGCCAGGAAUGUACUCCUCAGGUGAAUACGACGUUGCUGGGUUUGCUGUUGGUGCUGUGGAACGUGAUAAGGUUUUGCCUAAAUCCCAAACCAUUACACAAGAUGAUGUUGUAAUUGGCUUAGCCUCUUCUGGUAUUCACAGCAAUGGUUUCAGUUUAGUGAGGCGAAUUAUUGAUGAUUGUGGGCUAAACUACACUUCGCCUAGUCCAUUCACCACCACUGAGGGUUUACAGUCUGUUACCAGGCUUGGUGAAGCUCUUCUUACUCCCACAAGGAUUUACUGUAGGUCUGUUCUUCCCCUGAUGCAUAGUGGCAAAAUCAAGGCUUUUGCACAUAUAACAGGUUAGAUUUGCUCAUGUUAGUUUUUUCUCCUUCUUUAGAAUUUUUUCUUGUUUCAUUUGUAUUAUAGAAGCUAUAUUAUAUUAUUGCUAUUAUGAGCACAUCUGAAAUCAAACCUUGGUACGUAUUGCACAGCAGGCUGCACACUAACCAACAAUGCCAAUCCUUGCUUCUUACUGUCAUUAUUCUGUCAGUCACUCUUAAGUCGACUGUACUGUUGUUGGUAUAUUACUGUUGGAUAGAAUGCUCCAAAUUGUAAGAGUGUUUUGACACAAGCAUUGUAACCUCUAGUAGGUACUUGGUACAUGGUAUAGUCCAGAUGGCAUAACCAGGCGCGUUUGAACUUUAUGUUUCCCUUUCCUUUUUCCAGGUGGAGGCUUGAUUGAAAACAUCCCACGAAUCCUUCCCCAUGGUGUUGGAGUAUCAAUAGAUGCUAGAUCAUGGACCAUGCCUCCUGUGUUUGGCUGGAUUUUUGGCCAAGGAAAUGUUCCCGGUAAGGAAAUGGCGAGGACAUUUAACUGUGGUGUUGGCGCAGUUCUUGUUGUUGAAAAAGGAGUUGCUUCGUCUGUUUUGGAGCAAUUAAAGGCAUCCAAUGAACAAGCCUGGGUUAUUGGCAGUAUUACUCGGUGCGAGGACAACGGCGGAAAAGUGACAAUAAGUAAUCUUGAAGAAGUGCUCAGUGAGUCUGCGGAGAAGGCUGACAUAAAAGUUCAAGACGCAAAAAGAACUGUUAAUGGUCCAGUGAAAAGGCCAAAACUAAGCAGUGAGCGAGAAGAAAAUAAAAGCCCACAGAUGAAAGUGGGUGUUCUCAUCUCUGGCUCUGGUACAAAUUUGCAAGCCUUGAUUGACCAAAGUUUACGGCAGGACAGUAGCGCUAACAUUGUGCUAGUGAUUUCAAACAUACCUGGGGUUCAGGGAUUAAAGCGUGCUGAGGCAGCUGGUAUACCUACUAAAGUAAGUUUAUUCUCGGUAUAGGAGUCCUCUGAGUUAACACAGGUGUCUCUGUAUCAAUUAUCAAUAGGGACCUUAAGAUGCGACGACGGCGACGACAACGGGAACGUCAAAAGAGCAAUAGGUUAAGAUUAGCUUUUUCACGUGCAUCACGCUCUGCCGUCACAGCACGACUACGACCUGAAAAUGCCUAAUUUCACGUUUUAGGGAGGACGUAAACAAGCCGCUACGAAAUUUUCUUUCUCUUUCUGAAAUUGGAUAUGGAUUUUAGGAAUUCAACUCUAGGAGAUUUCGCCUACAUUUGACAAAGUGAGUUAGUUGGAACUGUCGCGAUGACGAUUGAAUGAACGGGAAUUCACUUUUUAGGCGAUGUUUUCGCCGCCGUCUCCGUCCUCUGAUCUCAGUAAGGUCCCUACUGACAUCACCAGCAGGUUUUCUACUAAGACUGUUAAGUGAGUUUUAGAGGAACUCAUUUUUUUAAAGGGCCUUUUUCACCUUUAAAAAGGUCUUCCACUUUGUCAUAUUAAAAUUGUUACUUGACAAGUGAGGAAUUAGUAACAGUUAGGUAACUUCGCUGUCAAAGUCAGUGUUACAUUUUCCUUAGCCUAAAUAAUAGGUAUGACAGGUGAAUGAAGUUACGUGACUUGCAAAUAGCCAACUGGUGUUCUUUUGCCAGUUGGGAUUUUUAUUACUUAUUGUUACCUGGGUGGCUCUUCCACUGAGAGGUCAUCAUCCAUGCGUUGUUGCCGGGAAACCUGAAGUAAAAUUUCUCUUUUGUUCUGUUCUAUGCCAUUUUUCUUCCAGGUAAUCAAACACAAGGAUUUUAAAAGCCGUUUGGAUUUUGACAUGGCAGUACAUGCAGCUCUAGAAGAGGCCGGUGUGGAGCUGGUUUGUUUGGCAGGAUUCAUGAGAAUAGUGACUGGAGAGUUUGUUCGCAAAUGGAAUGGCCGACUGCUUAAUAUCCACCCAUCUUUGCUGCCUUCGUUCAAAGGAAUGCAUGCACACAAGAUGGUACUGGAGGCUGGAGUUUGUAUAUCAGGCUGCACCGUUCAUUUUGUUGCGGUAAGACGUAGACUGGUCUUGCAAAGAUUUUGAAGGCCCGCUUACAAGUCUCUCUUGCGCCUGGAGACCGAAGGACAUUUAGUCGGUCAACUGGAGGUUUCUCAUUGCCUCUUUUCUUGUAUAGUGCGAUUUGAGAAUUGACUCCUUGUAGGGCUCGAUUAAUAGUUUCAAAACCGCUGCUAAGAAUGUUUUUAUUUUUAAUGACGAUUUGCUAUGGAGUCGUAUCGCAGCAGUUCUGUUAAAUAUUGUUUUUGUAUUUUAUAGGAAGAAGUUGAUGCGGGUGCAAUAGUGACACAAGAAGCUGUUCCUGUACUGAACGGUGACACUGUGGAGACACUUCAGGAGCGGGUAAAAUGUGCAGAACAUAGGGCGUACCCUCGAGCAAUGGAACUGCUGGCAAGUGGACGAAUUAAACUGAAUGAUGAGAACAAAGUACAGUGGAUGUGGUGACAAUGACCUAGAAGGAAACAUUGACGCUGUAACUCGACGAUUCGCCUUAACCACAGAAUGCGCCAUGGUUAAUAAGAAGUUAAAUGAAGCAACCAACACAACGUCGCCAAGGAAAAAAAAAAUUCACUUUUUAGUGACGAUUUCACCGCCGUCGCUGUUGGGGUGCUUAAUCUCCAGAACCUCUCCAUUGUAGGAAAAAGUUCCAGCUUUAACUUUAUCAGUCACAGUGUUAAAUAAUGUGGAGACACUGCAAAGCACGCGUGUUAACGUAGUCGUGAACGUUUGGUUAGACUCAAAGUGUAAAUGAAACGCGUAAAACAUCUGUCGCUCUUUCCUUGAAACAACGACAGUACUCUUUGUGGUACAUACGAAUAGUAGGUACUGUAGUUGUUUUUAAAAAAAAAAACAGUGGUGCCCCUAACAAAGGGAAGGAACUCAUAAAAGCUUCCGCGUGCAAGUGCGUAUAAUUAAUUUUUCAGACUAGUCCGUGUGGGCUGACUGUAAGCUAUAUAAAGAAGGGGGUCACAUGUUUAUCACAGUCGAUAAACUGCCAAAGUUUGUGCCUAUAUAUUAUGUACAAG